AUGACUACUUGUGAUUCCAAAUUGAGUUUGAAGCUUUUGAUUGACCCCAAAGCUAAAAAAGUCCUAUUUGCAGAGGCUGAAAAGGAUUGCGUUGAUUUUCUGUUUCACAUUCUUUCAUUGCCAGUGAGCACAGUUAUCAGGCUUCUCAAGACCAAAGGAUUGAAUUAUGGGUGCUUGCCUAACCUCUACGAUAGCGUAGAGAAUCUAAACGAAACAUAUAUUCAGUCUAAUCAAGACAAGAACAUCCUUUUAAAACCAAAAUCUCCAGUUGGGAUAUUUUCUGUUCCUUUUCUAGCACUUAGUGACGUUCCUGCACAAAAGAUAUCUUAUGGAUGUUCUCGUUAUGCAUGUGGUUCCAACAGUUAUAGUAUUUAUUAUGUUACGGAUGUCCCUAAUUCUCAAUGUCCAAAUUGUGAGUAUCCUAUGUCAAGAAAGUUGACGUAUCUUGUUCCACAAGGAGUGAAUAAACCUGUGGGUACUACAGGCACUGGUUUUGUAAAGGAGGCAGUGAAAUACAUGGUGAUGGAUGAUUUGGUCGUUAAGCCUAUCUCCGUUGUAUCAAGCAUCACCGCUCUAAACAGUUACUUUAAUGUCAAGGAUGUUUCUUCCUUGCAGGAGAAAGUUGUAAAUUUAGGAAUGAAAGAGGCGCUGAAGUUGCUCAAGGCAUCGUUUGAAUCAAAAACAGUUCUGACUAGUGUUUUCAUGACCAGUGCAAAGCGAAAAAGAGCUUUGUAG